AUGGAUAUCACGUCUACCUGGGGUUGGGCCCCCGAAGCUGUUGGCGGUGUGGCAACGAAGGCCACCGACGAGAACACUGCAGAGGGGAGCGGACCUCCCUUAACCACCGUCAGCCAGCGAGGAACCCCAAGCCGGAGCGGAUCCUCAGGAAGCAGGGCAGAGGCCGUACUCCCGGAUCUCCGGUUGAGGCCCGCCACACCGACGCCUGCACCGACGCCGGCACCGACGCCGGCACCGACGCCUGUACCGACGCCUGUACCGACGCCUGAACCGACGCCUGCACCGACGCACAUACCGGUACCGUCCAAACCGUCGCCGCCCACACCGUUGCCGACCCCACCGAAAAAGAAGGUGAAAGGUGAAAGUGAAAGAUUAAUACCAUUUCGUGCUUUGAGAACCCUUUUUAAAAGGGUUCUUUCACUGGGUGUAAUUUUGUUCAUCCAAGAAAAAAUUCUCGAUUUCGCUGCCGUACUGCCGUCUCGCCAAAUAUUGGAAUCAACAAUUGCUGUGAAAACCGAAGCCAUCACCAUCCCCAAGUUGACAUCUCCACCAACCCUUAAGUAAGAACUCAGUGAGUGCCGAUAC